GCCGGGAGUCGGAGCAGGUGGACAAUCCUGACACCCCUAGUGGUAUGUUACGUCAGUCAUGUUGGUGACCUGCCCCUCUACCCGUGACCCCUCACCCCACUCCCCCCAGGAGGGAGGGGGGGAUGUGGACCUGACCUCUCUACACUGGCUACACAACCUGGACCUGACCACAGUGACAGCUCUACCCACACCUCCGUCCUCGCCUCAACCGUCGUCCGCCAAACCCAAGAAACCUCCCACACUGAGGCUACAGCUGAACGCUGUGACCGCAGAGGACUACAGGACCUGUGGAGAUCACAAGCCUCCAUUCUCAUACGCCACCCUCAUCUGUAUGGCUAUGAGAGCCAACAACAACAAGAUGACUCUGUCUGCCAUCUACAGCUGGAUACGAGACAACUUCAUGUACUACAGGAACGCCGACCCCACCUGGCAGAACUCAAUAAGGCACAACCUGUCACUAAACAAGUGUUUCGUCAAGAUACCAAGGUCGAAGGAUGAGCCGGGGAAAGGUGGAUUCUGGAAACUUGAUAUAGAGAGGCUUGAAGAGGGACAGAGGAAUAAACGGCGACUUGGGAGUUCCGGACUGACAAACCGUCGACGUAAUCGGUCCCGUCGCAAGCCUGCUCUGCCUGCUGCUCCCCCCUCCCCUCUAGUGCCAGACGCCUCUCCUCCCUCACAGGACACCCCUCUCCCCUCACUAUUGGUCGGGGAGUCCGCUAUAGAGGAGGAACUGGCCAACCUUCUACUGGGCAAUGUGGGAUGGGACGACUCUCAGCUAGAAUUACUCCACUCUCUGCUCGACUCUUUGUAAACACGGGGCGAGACAGUCUAUCCUGCAGUUACUGAUGUU